ACGAGUGUGCGUGCGUAGGAUUCGCUGCGGUUGUCCUGUUGGAUUUCUCCGGUUUUUACGGAUAAGAUUCGUGUAGACGGACCAGAGUCCGCGAAUUUUAUCAUCUUUUCCAUCCUCGGUGUAAUUUCCUCGUUUCAAAGUUUACUCUACAAUUGAAGUUUUUGCUUCAGAACACAGAAAAGCAACAGUUCUGUGCGAUAAACCAACUCUGUGCUGCAGGGCGUUUCCUCGUUUUGUCUAUUGCCUUCUACUAGGCGUGAUUGAUUGUACGAUCUCAACUGCAUUUAUUGAAGUAUCAUGACGGAACGCCAUACGUUUGGUGGAACGGUUAACCCAAUCACUUGCCAUGCCUGGAACAAGGAUCGUUCCCAAAUCGCUAUCUCGCCCAACAAUAACGAGGUGCAUAUCUAUAAGCGCGAGGGUUCCGAAUGGAAGCUUACCGACGUGCUGAAUCAGCACGAUCUGCGCGUGAUGGGUAUUGAUUGGGCGCCCAACACGAACCGCAUCGUAACGUGUGCCGUCGAUCGGAAUGCGUACGUGUGGACGCAGGGUGAUGAUGGAAAGUGGAAACCGACCUUGGUGCUGUUACGCAUUAACCGAGCGGCCACCUGCGUGCGUUGGUCACCGUUGGAGAACAAGUUUGCCGUCGGAUCGGGUGCCCGACUGAUCUCGGUGUGCUACUUCGAGUCCGAGAACGAUUGGUGGGUUUCGAAGCACAUUAAAAAGCCGAUCCGCUCGACGGUGACGUCGCUCGACUGGCACCCGAACAAUAUGCUGCUGGUGGCUGGUUCCACCGACUACAAGGUGCGCGUAUUUUCCGCCUUCAUCAAGGACAUCGAACAGCAUCCGGAACCGACGGCCUGGGGACCGAAGAAACCGCUCGGCCAGAUACUGGCCGAGUUUAAGAACUCGAGCAGUGGUGGCGGUUGGGUGCACAGCGUUAGCUUCUCGGCCGAUGGCAAUCGGAUCUGCUGGGUAGGUCACGAUAGUGCGAUCAACAUCGGCAUGGCAAAUGGGGGGAACGUUGGCAUCAAGCAGAAGACGGAGUAUCUACCGUUUUUGUGCUGUGAGUGGAUCUCGCCCCAUUCCAUUUUGGUGGCGGGACACAGCUGCGUGCCGCUGAUUUACACGGUGGCCGAUGGGGGUAAAGUUGUGCUGGCCGUCAAGCUGGAUCAAUCUACGAAAAAGGAACAGAGUGGCAUUUCGGCCAUGCGUAUCUUCCAGUCGCUUGAUCGUAAUCUGCGCACAGAGAACUCCGACACCAACCUGGAAUCGAUUCACCAGAAUGCGAUCACAAGCGUGUGCGUGUACAGUGGUGAGAAGGGCAAUGUGCAGCGUGUAAGCACCUCCGGACUAGAUGGCCAACUGGUUAUUUGGGACAUCGAUACACUUACACGGUCCAUGCAGGGACUGAAGCUUUAAAUGCGGACGCGAUGGAACGCCUGGCAAAAAGUAUUUUCUCUUGUCUCUUAGCAUUGUUUAAUGCAGUUUUUAAUGUGCAUCUUAACUGUCCCUCGAACAAGAAUCGUUACAAAUAAAUACUUCAUUCCAGCUACAUUCGUUUCU